UGUAAAUUUAUUAAAAACGUAGUUUACUAUGAAUGGCCACAAUAAGAGAGGGUUUCUUGUCUAAAUGACGGCUAAUUUAGGGACUAUUAUAGCGUUCUUCCUCGAUAAUUGUAUCUUUCUUUUUUUGUUUGCGUCUUUUUCUUUUUUUUGGUUUAUGGAUUCGUCUCGCGAAGCUAAUCGCAAACACGAUGAUGACAAGAAAAGAGAAGACGAGAAAACUUCUCUCAUGGAUGUAAAUCUCAUGGUGGUGCUUCUUUCUCAACUUUGUACAAAGAACGACGACGACAAUGAGAAUGGUUUGGAGAAAGAGAGACGAGAUCAUCAUGUUGCACUUGCACACGAUGCUCGUGAGUCUAGAGCACGUGCCAACAAGAGGUUUAUAAAGGAAACAAAGCUGAUGGAGAAGAGGACGCAUGUGCUUCAUCCCAUGGCUAAAGAAUUCAGGCACUACAGGAAAAUGUGAAGGCGCAUGCCUCACCUGUGAUUGCCCCAGAAGAUGAAUACAGUUCUCUAUUCUAUCGUUAUCGAAAUUUUGUUAUUGCGUGAGCGCUAUAUUUAAAGAUGAAAAGAAACUCUAAGAUAUUUUUUUGGCGUAAUUAAAUGUAAGCAAGUAUAUAUCAUUUAAUUUGUAACGGAGAUGUAUCAAAUCUUGUAUCAUUAUAUAUA